AUGCGAACUAUGCGAUUUGGUUAUUUAUCAUGGAGAUAUAUUGCAUUAACUGCAACAGUUUUAACAACAUCGUCUGUUCAACAAAAGAGACAACAAUAUAAGACUAUACAGUAUAUUCCACAGAAAGUUUCCUGUCCCUUUGUUGUACAUGCAGCACAACAUCAAGCGCGAUAUCGAAAAAUUGAAAAUGACGACGAUGAAUAUUCGGAUGACAAUGAACAUAAAGAUAAUGAGAGCCAGAGAAAUGUCGAAGAUGUUGAAGAUAAUCCAACGAGUGAACGUGAACAUCGUUUUAUGCAAUUUGCAUCUGUUGAAUAUAAUGGAAAUCCGUACAUGACACCCGUUGACUUUUUAGAAUCUAUAAUUACUGAGAAACCACGACCACGCAUUGGAAGAAGACAUUUAAACGAUGCGAAAGUAGAGUCACUACUGUAUAGCACACCACCGAAACAUCGAGGAUCAAAGAACUUUUUUCGAAGUUUAGAAGAGUCUGGAAUCAUUUCAUUUCCAGAAUAUUUAUUUCUUUGGGUCAUUUUGACAAAGCCCACUGCUCAAUUUCAGAUUGCAUUUGAUAUGUUUGAUACGGACGGUAAUCAUGUGGUGGAUAAACAGGAAUUUCUCGUGCUAACAUCAUUAGUGCAACGUUUAUUUACGCGAUCGAAAGGAAAGGAUUAUAAACCAUUAAUCAAAGGACUAAAUAUAGUUGGUGAAAUUGAGCAUGUUGAUACAACAUUAUUGCUUCAUUUUUUCGGACGAAAUGGUCGAGAUACCUUGAAUUAUACAGAAUUUAAACGAUUUAUGGAAUAUGUACAAACUGAAAUUUUAGAAAUUGAAUUUAAUGCAUUUUCACACGGUUUUAAAACAAUUUCGGAAGUUGAGUUUGCUGAGAUUCUUCUCCGUUAUACAAAUUUGGCUAGUGAUGAAAAAAGACAUAUCCUAAAAAAAGUUAAAAAAUAUGUUGGAUCAUCAGGUGUCACACUUGAUCAAUUUAAACAAUUUUCAUCAUUUUUAAAUAAUUUAGAAGAAUUUAAUAUUGCUAUGAGAUUUCAUCAACUAUCGAAUAAAGCCAUAUCUCAACCAGAAUUUCAACGUGCAAUUAAAAUUAGUACCGGAUUAGAACUUGAACCAAAUAUAGUUGCGUUAAUUUUCAAAAUUUUUGAUGCCGAUGACGAUCAACAUUUAAGUUACGAUGAAUUUAUGGCUGUAAUGAAAGAUAGACUUCAUCGAGGAUUUCAAUCUUCCGAUAAUCCUGACACUCAGGGAACGAAAUUUGAUCAAUUUAAACGUUGUGUAAAAGAAAAAGCAAAUCUGCAAAAUAAAAAUGGAUUAUAUACAUAUGAUAGUGUUAGUCAAUCACUACCAACAAUUGAGAUCGAAAGUAUAACAUUUCCUGGUAAACGUAAUUUAACACCGUAA